CACUGCCGCUGGAGGUCAUCCCACUCAUCGCCAAAUAUGCCGACAACAAGAGCCGCUUUUCGAUGACUCUCGCCUGCAGGAUAUGACAUGCCUUGUUGAUCGAACUCCUUUACUCCCGGACCCGCAUCUCGCACGAAGACGAACUAGACUCACUUUUCGCGACGCUCAACACCUAUCCCGAACGCCUGCGAUGGGUGAAGGACUAUGAGUUGGAGUCAUUUUCUCCACCACGGAGCGAGGGCAUGCCGGAUCCUGACUGGGACCACGUCCGCUUCACAAAAAUGACUUCUAUCAUCACAAUGGCGCACCCAGAGCGCGUUGUGAUCUCGUUCGUUAUUGCGGCUUUCCUGGGUUCGGAAGAGGAGGAGGAGGAGACUUGGGAUUAUCUAUGCUUUGGAUAUGAACAUGGGCGACUAUUCUUUGAGAAAAGCCCCUUGCAUAUCGAUUACUAUCCCGGAAUCGAACCCUUGGCUGAAUCAAUCUGCUGGAUGUAUUGCCUCGAAGCAACAUCUUUUGAAGUUUGUGGAUUCGGGCUGCGGAGAAUCCCCAACGCCUUCCCUCGCUUGCGGACACUAUCGGUAGCGGGUGAUAAUAACAUUCCCUCCGCCUUCCUAUGGUACGACCUACCUGCUACCGUUACCCACCUCCGUUUGCAAUACGACGGCACGGUCGACACUGAGCGCGUACUCCUAGUAACCUACCUCCCAAAUACCAUCUGCACCCUUGAAGUAGCAUUUGGGGCAUACCCAAUGAUGCUCCCACUCUGGACCAAUCGGAAUCCAGCACGUCUGCUUCGAUAUGCUCCGCCACAACCGAGUGGGUCGAUGGGGGAGGCGGAAGACAGGUGGAGGCAGUCACGGACAGCUUACAAUGGGGGAGGCAAGCUAGAGAUUAUGUUCUGGGAGCCGUUGGCGGGAUCAGCUCUCGCUGACACCUGGUACGAGGAGAGCAUCCAUAUGUAUGAAGCACGAGCAAUUGAAAGCAACAAGUUCGACCACGUCCGCCGCGUCGCCGUCCCCUGGGGAAAGGGCUUCGCAUGCACACAUUGGGGAGACUUCGGUUUGGGCAAGUCUCUUCGCCCUCGCCUAUCGUUGCGGACGGGGAUUCAAGCCCCAAUACCACAGCCUGCGUUCCCCGAUAUGCCCUUUGGUUAUAGUUGCUACUCGACGGAUGCCCCGGGGGAGGACCAUGGGGCGAUAGGCAAUGGGCUUUGAAUUUGGUCCAACGGCGAAAGCAACCUGUGGACCAAGAGAGGAAGAACAGGGCAGUUGGCAAGAUUGGGAGAUAGCGACUUUCGCACUAAGAUGAAGCUAUGCUGCACGGGGUACAACAACAACGUGAAAGAUGCUCGAGAGGGGAAGGGAAUCUAUCAUGGGGGAUUGCUUCUGCUACUUCGAAAAGACGCGGGUAUGCUACCGACACCAGCGUCCAUCAGGUAACGUCCAUAGAACCGAUCAUGUGCAGCGGCCUCCUGUACCAGGCGUCAAUGAAUUGCAAAACUUCC